AUGCUACGACAAACAACUACAGACAUUACAUGUGAAGAGUGUUCAAUUUCAUUCGAUAAAACCCCACUAACUUCUGGCGUCAACUUGCUAGAUUUGUUCGUCUUCUGCAGCGGCUCACACUGGAAACACCGUUGUUCAUUCCUGAUGAUGAAAGAUGAAGAUCCACGAUAG